CCGUAGCAAAACACUCGAUUCAAAACGGAGGAAGACGAGGUUGAGGAAUUAGCUGAUGCUCCUUCGUCAAAUGCAUCGGUUGUGUGGACCUAUUUUGGCUUCCUAUGUAAACGACGAGAGAACGACGUUCUACAGGAAUGUGAAGAAAUAUCCAGAGAAAUAUUUGGAGUUUCUGAUAAACCACUCGGCCAGUUGGAUGGAGAGAUCAAUUAUGAGAGCAGUCUGCUGGAUAGUCUGGAAACCACGAGUGAUGUUACACAGAAUUGACCUCCCAAUGCAACAUGUGUGCAAAGAGGGGAAGGGCCUUACUGAUCGACAGCUCUGUAACCAGGAGAAGAACUUUAGUCUGGACCAUGAGGACCCAGAGCCUCCGCACAUUAAGGAGGAACAGGAAGAAGUCUGCACCAGUCAGCAUGGAAAGCAGAUUGUAUUGAAUCAAGUGACUAAUACCUUUCUAUUGACUUCAACUGAUAAGGACAGUGACCACAGUGAAGUAGAACCAAACAGCGACCAGCUCCUCUCUUACAGUUUACCAGUAUGCGAGAGCCCACAUGAGGAAGGAAGUCAGCAUGUAGACUCAGAGUCAACUAGAAAUGCUGUGCUGAAGCCAAAUAAGAGUCGUAGUAGAAAGAGCAGUCACAGGAAGAAUGUAGACAAGUCUUUAUUGUCAGGAAUUCACCGUGAUACUGAUGCAGGUAGAAAGUCUGUAAAAUGUGAUGUUUGUGGAAACACCUUUGAGAAUAAGUACCAACUCAAGAAACAUCACCAAAUCCACAAAGGUGUAAAACCACAUGCUUGCGAUGCGUGCGGAAAAAAAUUUAGUUUCCGGUCUGAGCUGAAAGUUCACAUGAGAACUCACACAGGUGAGAGGCUGUAUUCUUGUGGAAGAUGUGGGAAAAGUUUCAGUAAAAAGUAUGAACUGACUCGUCACUUGAGAACUCACACAGGUGAGAAGCCGUAUUCUUGUGAAAGUUGCGGGAAAAGUUUCAGUUAUAGUAGUAGUCUGACUGUCCACAUGAGAAUUCACACAGGUGAGAGGCCAUAUUCUUGUCAAAGAUGUGGGAAAAGUUUCAGUCAUAGUAGUCAUCUGACUGUCCACAUGAGAAUUCACACAGGUGAGAGGCCAUAUUCUUGUGUAACAUGUGGGAAAAGUUUCACUGAACAUAGUAAUCUGAUUGUACACAUGACAACUCACACAGGUGAGAGGCCAUAUUUUUGUGAAACAUGUGGGAAAAGUUUCAGUACAAGUAGUAGUCUGACUGUCCACAUGAGAACUCACACAGAUGAGAGGCCAUAUUUUUGUGAAAGUUGUGGGAAAUGUUUCAGUCAAAGCAAUAUUCUGAGUGUCCACAUGAGAACUCACACAGGUGAGAGGCCGUAUUCUUGUGAAACCUGCGGGAAAAGUUUCAGUAAAAGAUGUAAUCUGACUGUCCACAUGAGAACUCACACAGGUGAGAGGCCGUAUUCUUGUGAAACCUGUGGAAAAAGUUUCAGUAAAAGUACUAAUCUGACUGUCCACGGGAGAAUUCACACAGGUGAGAGGCUGUAGUCCUGGAACAGCAGUGAGAACAAACCUUAUUUUAGUAACCCUCAUGUUAAGUUCAUGUGUAUGGUUGUUUACCUGUCACUUAGUGGACGUUUUCCAUGUCUUUGUAUUUGUAGUUUUCAUGUUGCUGUAUCAUUUUAAUAUUAUUAGACAGUAUAAUGAGUAGAUCAUGAAUAUUUUAUGUAUGAUUAUUAUCUGUGCUGCCAUUUAUUUCUUUUUUUGUUAAAUUAGGUCACUGAAAUCAGAUUUAACAUCUACUCAUUAAGUUGAUCAGUGCAAUUUGAAAUGAUAAAUUUGAUUAUUCUUCCGUCUGAACUAUUAAUAUAUUUCAUUAUAUUUACACUACCGUUCAAAAGUUUGGAGUCACCCAGGCAAUUUCAUGUUUUCCAUGAAAACUCAUGUUGUGAUUUGUCUUAUGCAUCGAGGUUGUAGAUGUUGAAUAAAACAUCCAGUGACACUGUUGCUUUAAUAGAAUAUAAUUUUAUUUUAAAAAGACAGCAUCUGAUCAGGCCCAUUGUCUGCUUGAUGAAGGAUUCAAAAGCCAAUAAGAAUCUCCCCCGAACAAAGAAGUCAGGUUGCUUUUAUACCUUCUGGUAAAGGAUAGGAUCACAACAUCAGGGUCGUGUUAGAGGACCCCUUACUCAAAAACAAGACCCCCCUUGAAUAGAACCCCUCAGCUCUACGGUCCCAAAGGACCACAUCCAUCCUCUAGCUAGACAUAGGAGCCCCAAAGUCAACAGGCCAUCGGGUUCCUCAGACUGAAAAAUACAUUUCAAUUACAUUGGUAAAAUUAGUGACACAUGUAUAACAGUUUCCAUUUGUGAUAAGAUGACAUGACACACAACUCAGAUCAGAUACUAGAACAGGCAAACAAUCCAUUUUACUAACUUAUUAAAUAAUACAUGUCUCAGAUCAGAUACUACACUCACACUUCUUUUCAUGUGCUAACAUGAUCGCACAAGGGUUCCUUUGUCACCAGUUAGUCUUUCAACAUGACGAGACAGCAAACUUUUGAAUGGUAGUGUAUAUGAGUUUAUUUCAGCCUAUAAGCAAAGCACUGAGACCCUUGAGAGGAGGUGGUCACGAUUGGGUUCCACAAAUUUAAAGCCAAACUUGCUCGACAUAAUCAUACUUGCAUGAAGCAAAUGGCUGCACUGGUUGUUUUACAUGGUAAUCACUUAACUGUUAAAAAGUUCUCACACAGCAGUUUCAUUCAACUCAAAAAUAUGUAUUAGUGUGAACACCAAAUUUUAAAACAUUCAGUGUGACCAACUUUGAACUGUGAGUCAGUGAUAUCACACAGUGGGAUCCUGUUGAUCAGACAUGGACAGGUUUCUCUGGUAGGUUUCUCACCUGCUGAAGUCACUUCAGAUCAACUUCAGACACUUUUCACCUUCAUGUGUCGAAUCAUUUGGAUAGAAAAAGCUGCUUGUUCUCCCUGUCAGUCCUGCUGUCUGUGAGCAUUUGGUCUGAGAACGUUUUCACCGUCACAUAACCUCAGAGUCCACAUAAGUAGUCCAAAACAUCAGAGAGACAUCAGAACCAGUCUAUCCUGUGACAUGAACCAGAUGUGGUUCUACUGUCUGUUCACCAGAUGGAGCUAACUGACCUUUAAAUAAUCUAAUCAGCUGCACAUUAAAUGGUGGGAUGACACAGCAGCAGUUUGGGCCACAUCAUCACUUAACAUCACUUAAUCAUACUGGAACUGCACACUAUAUUGUCUAAGCAUCAACAUAAAGGCGGAGGCUGGCUGCUACACUGCAAAAACUCCAAGUCUUACCAAGUCUGUUUGUCUUAUUUUUAGUCAAAAUGUCUCAUCCCACUUGAUUUAAGAUAAUUCCCUUAACAAGUGACAUUCCAGCAGAUGGAGGGACUUGUUUUAAGACAACGCAUCUUAAACAUCUUGUUAAGUCAAACAAUCUUGAAAUUAUCUUGUUUUAACCCUCAUGUCGUCCUGUGGGUCAAACUGACCCGUUUUAAAGUUUAAACAUGUGAAACAUUUAGAUAUAUUUUUACAGAGAAAACACCCACAUUCUCAAUUUUUUUGGGAAACUUUUGAACAUUUUUUGGUGCAAAAAGGAAAUGUUGAAAAAUGUUUCUUAAAGAACAGUCACAUAAAAAUCAACCAAAAUCCAGCGAAAUUAGUAGGAGAUAUUAGAAGUUUUACUGAUAUAUAUUGAAUCACUUUAGAUAUUUUUAGGAUUUUUUUUGGACAAUUUUUACUCAUUUUUUUUGAAAAUAUUUGCAAUUUUUUUUUAGAUUUUUGUUAAUUAUUUUUAUUAUUUUUAUUUCGUGCCAAAUUUGGGGAUUUUUUUAAAAAAAAUAAAACUUUUAAGGAAUUUUCUUCCUGAAGAUUUUGGGAUUUUUAUUUAUUUAUUUAUUUUUUGCUGAAUGUCUGGAUUUUUUUUUCAGACAAGGGAACAAUCCUUUUUGGUGCUGUAAACGAGGACAACAGGAGGGUUAAGACACCUAAGCUUGACAAUCCUGGUAAAAUGUAGCUUAAAAUAAGUUUUACCAGCUAAUUUUAAGAUCUCAAUAUUAUAAAUAUCACAUCUCAUUUCAAGAAAUCUUACCAAGCCACUUUUCACUUGUUCUAUUGGCAGAUUUUUUCACUCAUUUCAAGGUAAAAGUUCUUUGAAAUAAGUUUUAGAAAAGUUUUAGAUCUUUGAGUUCAUCUCAUAAAAAAUGGAAACAAAGAAAAAGUGUUGCAUUUAUAUUUUUGUUGAGUGUAUAUAUAAUUUUCCCGUAUUUUUGUCAAAACAGCCCAAUUAAUAGCUAACUUUAGCAAUUUGUUUUUCUAAUUAGUGCAAGAACAUUCAUGAGUAUGCUAUGAACAAAUUUAAUGGUACCCAAGUAGGGAUAUUUCUAAGCAUUUAUUGAUGAAAGCAUUACUAGAAGGUUUAGGUAGCAACAUUACCCUAUCUUUUGUUUGGUUAAAACACUUAAAAUAUCUUUACAAAGGGUUGCAUGUCCACUGUCAUAACUAUGCCGUCCCAAUAGAAUGUUUUUCAGACCUUGA